ACUUCCGGUCAGUCAGUGGGCGCGUCUACGGGUUUACUCCAUUGUUAAAUUGAAAAAUCAUCGAAUUCCAUAGUGUGUUAGUGUUUGGGAUGUACCGGGAUAAACGGGAAUGGCUUUACUAACACUCCCGUCUCUCUGCUGGACUCUGCUGUUCCUCUUCGUCGUGGUUUUGGCCGCUGAAGCCCAGAACACCAUCACAGCUGAGUCUGGACAGGACGUAGUUCUACCAUGUCGAGUAUCACCAGGCAAAACCAUCAGAGCUGUGAAGUGGAGCAGAGCUGACCUGGGAGAUAAUUAUGUGCUUUUGUACCGAGAUGAUCAGCUGGAUCCAGAAAACCAGCAUCCAUCUUUUAAGAAACGUGUAGACCUUCAGGACAGACAGAUGAAUAAUGGAGACGUGUCUCUGGUUCUAAAAAAUGUGACGACUGCUGAUGAUGGAUCAUACAAUUGUAAUAUCUUCAAUGGAGGGACAACUUCAUGGGAGAGCAUCAACACUGUCAGCCUGACUGUUUCAGGUCAGACAGCAGGAUCUGUUGGACUGAUCGUCGGUCUGUCAGUUUCUGCUGUGCUUCUUGUUGCUGCCGGUGUUGGAUUUUUGAUCUACAGAAAACAUAAACAACCACAGAGUCAGGAUUCAUACUAGCCUCCUGUUGAACUGCAGCCUGUUGUGUUCUUCACUCAUCACCUACCUGACAGCUGACACCUCACACCUGUUUCUCACCUGCAGGUCAGACAGUAGAACUCACAGUUGCACCUGUUGGACUCAUCGUUGGUCUGAGUGUUUCUGCUGUGCUUCUUGUUGCUGCUGUUGUUGGUUUUGUGUGCUACAGAAAACAUAAACAACAGAACCAGGAUUUUAACUAGCAUCCUCAUGAACAGCAGGUUUCAAAUGUCUCUAGGGUUUAGUAUGUGUAAAUUAACAAAACACUAAACUUACAAAACAACACUGGUUUAAAAACUAAUUGUUUAAUUUAAUCCUGGAUCACACUACAUGAAAUCACUACAGAGUGCAGACAAAUGAUGCAUCAUUUACCCGAAUCGCUAUAAUUGAGAGAAAUCCUGGAAAAAAAUAUUAGGACAUGAUAAGUGACAAGUUUCACCUGCUCUAUGUGUACCUCAAUGACCUCUAACACCUGAAAUCUUUUAUAGUAUGAAGGUAUAAUAUUGUGUAGCUUCAAUAAUCAUCAUCUAUCCAGAUCUAUCACAGUGACAUGGAACCGCCCACCGUAUUAUAAAGCCUUUCCAUUUAAUGUAUUUAAAAGGUGGAGGUGUUGCUCUUCCAUCACUGUCACUGGCAGAUCUGAAUGAAUACUGACCUUAAAAGUGAAGGUUUGAAUGACAGCAUGUUAUUUACCAGUUCAUUAUUAUUAGUGAAUAAUAACUGGGUCAGGGAUGUCAAACUGGUUUUACAUCAUGGGCCACAUUAAACUCCCCUCGAUGUAAAGUAAUUUAAGUGCACGUUCAAUCUGACAUAUCUCUGUGUAAGAAGGAGAAGUGCAACUUUAUCAGCACCUCUCAGUUUUCUCUAAUAAAUUUCUGUACAAGAUGGUGAAAAAACAGGAACUUUCUGUAACUUAACAACCUGUUUGUUGUUUAUUUAAUUUGGUAUCGUAUGAAUCACCUUUGAUAAGGUCGUCAGCUGUUAAGCAGUAAAGCUGCAUUUUCCAAAGCCACCCAGUGGGCCUGUGAUGGGCAGAUUAGGGCCCCUAUCCCUUAUGUUUGGCACCCCUACUCUAAGUCUUUUGGUCUGACCCAGAGAGGUAAACUCUGACGUUGACUUAAAAACAAAACUGAGAAAAAGAUAUAAUAGGACAGGAUGGUUGAAAUUUUCAUCUGUCAUGUUUGGAACAUGUUUUUCCCCAAUAGGAGCUUAUUUUAUUAUUUAUUCAUUAUCAUAGAAACAUUAUAGCAGGUUAUGAUAUGGAUGUGUUACUCAGAGAAUUGAAUUUGUAACCUCUGACCUUUGUGAAGCUUUUCAGGUUAAAAUUGCCAGAACGACCAGACACUAAAGACAAACCCACUGCGUAAAGGAAACUUUACUACACUAUGUAAGGAGCAGAAGACACUAAAAUACUAAAUUAAAACUAAAACAUUUUCAUGCUAUAACAUGAAAACUGGCGUCAUGCAUGUCAGCUGAUCAUUUUAUAAUUUUUUGUCAUAGAGACAAAAAGUGACGGAGCAUUUAGAGCAGAACAUCCUAACAGGACGUUCAACUCUGUGGUUUUACAGUUACGCUGUGUACAACUGUGAAUAGUUCAAAGCAAAGGAGUGAUGUCAGUGUAGCUUAGAGGAAGUCUGAAAUAAAGUCGAGGAUCACAAACACUACACAGUUUCUGAUUUCAUCCUUUUCCUGUAAGUAACUAGUUAAUGUAACUCUUCUUUCUAAAUAACAAUUUGAUGUCAAAUGUGAUUCCUGUGUGUGCAAAGUAAAGGCUUUUCAAUCUAUUUUCUAUCCAUCUGUACAUCUAGUGGAUCUAAGCGCUCACUGCAGUUGUUCGUAACUUCAAACAAUAAAAAAUGCAUUUAUUACACAUCACUACACUAACAGACUAACUAACCGCUUGAAGAGAUGAGUGGUGAUCCUCUCAGCAGACUGAGGGGUGAACACAUUACACCAGGUCAAAUAUCCACGUUCAUGUUUAAAUACUGCAGAACUCUGAAAACAGCAGUAACAUCAGUAAUGAUGGUGAAACGACAGGGAGUAAACAAACCACAAAAUGGGACUAAAUGGGACCAGUGAGGAAGUGCCAGUACAAUAAAAAUAUGCAGAAAAGAAAUGAUGGAGUAAAAAAACUAUUUUAAAAGGAAAACACAAGAAGUCUGGAGAUCAUACACGUGGAUAGAUUUUUUUUUUAAUCUAAACAUAUUUACUUUGCACACAGGAACAUGUGAGAUAUGAAAAAUGUUCAAAGUAAAUAGUUUUGACUCAUAUUUGUUGAUUGAUUUGAUUUAUGACUGGCUGCUGCAGUCUGGAGCAUGAAUGUGAUUUUUGUUUAUAUGUAUGAUAUACUUGAAUGUUCGUUUGUUAAUGCUUUUCUGCAAUGUGCUGCACUACAGAAAUAAAAGUAAUAUUUGAAAAUCA